AAACGCUGGGCUGGAGGUGCACCCUGGUGAGCGCCGGUUGAUCUCCAGCGUGGCUCUGGAGGCAGAGGACCCGGACAACUCCCCGCAGCAGCUGUUCUACUCCCUGAUCGCUGUGCCACGCUUCGGAAAGCUACAGAUAAAGAAGGAGUCGGCUUGGAGCGAGCUGUCGGCCGGUCAGAACUUCACUCAGGACGAUGUGGAGAUGAACCGUCUCUGGUAUGCUCACAAUGCCGCCACAAACGCAGCAGGGUUCAAAGGUCACGACAGCUUCCGCUUCACCCUCAGCGACCUGGACAACGAGACUCCAGCACAGAGCUUCUUCAUCAACGUGCACACUGUGCAGAAAGGUCAGCUUUCACCUCAGUGGUAGAGUGAAGACAAGACUUCACUCUCGUCUUCACUCAUGGCGGAUGGCAUGCCCUAGCCUUUAUAAAACUU